UUUUUUUUUUUUACAAAACUCGACGACGCUAACAUGGAAUUUUUGUUUUUUAAAACCUGUAAUAAAAUAUAAUCAAGAAUUUCGUGUGGAUGAAAAACGAUAAAAUGCGUCGUAAAAAAAGUUAAGGAAACGUAGUUAAAAGAGUCUCAGUUUGUUUAAACCCGUAGAACUUGUGCAAUUUUCUUUAUUUAAAAUACAUUUACAAAAUUUCUAAAAUGAAAAUCUUCUACUUUCCUGUAUUAAUUUUCAGUCUGGUUCUUUUACCAGAAUUUUCAUUCGCUUUUCACUGUUCAUUCAAUAGCAGUGCUCGGGGAUUGAGAAAUACUGUUUUACUGGAAUAUGAGCAUAAUAAAUACAUCCACUUAUAUAAUUCUAAGAUUGAGUUAUCGAUCAAUACACAUGACAAAUUUUCAUUCGUUAAUAUUCAUUUUCAAGGGUAUCUUAUGCAAGAAGAUAAGAGCAAGUAUGUUGAUGUCAUUAUGGAUAGUUUGAAGUAUUAUACUUACAGCAGUAAUACAAACGGCUGCACUGUAACUUUCUACGAGUCAGACAAUGACUCCUUGUUGAUCGACAGUAACAACAAUAGCGUAAUUCUUAGUAAAGCUGAGAAAGCAAUAAUUCAUAGAUUAGCUGAGUCAUGUGUAAGGUCGGAUUUAUGCGGCGUCGAUAACUUUAAAGUUGACAGAGAUGGAGACUUGUCGUUUGAAAGUGUACAAUCUACUAUAAAUUACUUUGUCGAUACGGCUAUUCCUGGUAUGCUCAGUGCGUUUCUUCUUAACCACGAAGGAGGCCUUCGAUUUUCUCUAAAUGGUAGAGCGGUAAACGUAUGGAGAUUAAUUACUCUAUACGUGUACGAUUUUCUGGUCGAGGGUAUUGAUAAAAUUCAAAGAACCGACGACGUCUACAUUGCUAAUGAGAAUAACGUGUACACCGUUCAAUUUGGGUUUAGGUUUCCAAAAUUAACUAUAUCUUCGGAUGCCAUUGAAUUGUGGUUGAGUAAAAAUAUAGCUACGAUUGAGAUCAAAGGCUUUUCCUUCAGUAGCACAGUUGCGAUUGAUUUGAAAUCGACAAAUUGUUCGAUAAAAUUAACCGACUUUCGUAUUGUCUCUUAUAAAAAUAUUGAGAUCAGCCUGAAACUUGGUGGUAUAAUUCCGGUGUCUUAUAGUGGAGAUCGAUCGACGUUUAAAGCUAUUGAGAACUCUGCUAUAGACGCUGCAGACGAGUUCGCCAGGACUCAAAUGAUAGAUUGCCAGCAAUAUCUAAGUCAACUUUCGGAUGUUUUCAAGAACGUAUUAUAAUAUAUAAUUACCAAUAUUACGAAAUCUUGAUUUAUAUAAAACCGCAUAUAGUGUAUUAAUGCCAGACUUCUAAUAAAUUCAGUUAAUAUGAAAACGCA